AUGGCCAGGAGAAAGAACCAAAAGAAGGGUCAAAAGAAGACCUUUGGUACCCGUGAUGAUUCAAAUAACCAAAAGAACUGGACCGAAUUGGUGAAAGAAAACGCCAAAUGGGAGUCAUAUUACAAGGAUCUCGGUGUCAUUCCUGAGGAGGAAUGGGACACGUUCAAGAAAACGUGUCAAACACAGCUUCCUCUCACUUUUAGAAUCACUGGCUCGCGCAAACACGCCAAGGAAGUGUUGCAAUUGUUCCAGGAAAACCAUCUUCCUAACUUGACCAACGUUGUGUGGGAGGGUGAGACCGUGAAGCCUCCAAUGGCUUUGCCAUGGUAUCCACAGAACUUGGGCUGGCAGUUGGAUGUUUCCAAAAGCGUUAUCAGGAAGAAUGAGCAGUUUUCUCGUAUGCAAAGGUUCCUUGUUGUUGAGAACGCAGUUGGUAACAUCUCGAGACAGGAGGCUGUGUCCAUGAUUCCACCUAUUGUGUUGGACGUUAAGCCAGAACACUACGUGUUGGACAUGUGUGCUGCUCCUGGUUCCAAGACUGCGCAGUUGAUCGAAGCGCUGCACGCUGAGUCGGACGAACCUUCUGGGUUCGUCAUUGCCAACGACGCGGACUACAAGAGAUCGCACAUGUUGGUGCACCAGUUGAAGCGUCUAAACUCUGCCAACUUGAUGGUGGUGAACCACGAUGCGCAAUUCUUCCCUCGUAUCAAGACUGCUAACGCGUCGGGUCCCGUGGGCCCACAGUUCCUAAAGUUCGACAGAAUCUUGUGUGACGUGCCAUGCUCUGGUGACGGUACCAUGAGAAAGAACGUCAACGUGUGGAAAGAUUGGAAUACUGGUUCCGGUCUAGGGUUGCACAUUGUCCAGUUCAACAUCUUGGAUAGAGGUUUGAACUUGUUGAAGGAAGGUGGUAAGCUAGUGUACUCCACUUGCUCCAUGAACCCAAUCGAAAACGAAGCCGUUGUUGCUGCUGCCUUGAGAAAAUGGGGAGACAAGAUUAGAUUGGUCAACUGCGAUGACCAGUUGCCAGGUUUGGUGAGAUCCAAGGGUAUCACCCAAUGGAAGGUUUACGAUAAGCAAUUCGAAAUCAGAGAAAAGGGUCACGAAAACUGUUUGGACUCGUGGUUCCCUCCUUCUGCUGAAGAAGUCGAGAAAUUCAACUUAGAUCGUUGUAUGAGAGUGUACCCACACCAACAAAACACUGGUGGUUUCUUCAUCACUGUCUUUGAAAAGAUCGACACCACUUCCACUCCUCCUCCAGCUGCUACUGCCACUGCCACUGCCACUGCCAACGAGGAAGAACAAGCUCAAGAACCAGAACUAAAGAAGGCCAAGGUUGACACUUCUUCCACUGCUUCGCAUAUCCAAAAGAAGGAGAAGUUGCCUCGUGAUGCUAACGAAGAACCUUUCGUGUUUGUUGAUCCAAACCACCCUCAAUUGGCCAAAUGUUGGUCUUUCUACGGUAUCGAUGACAAAUUCGAUAAGUCGUCGUGUUUGGUCCGUAACGCUACCGGUGAACCAACUAGAACUAUCUACCACGUAGCCACACCAUUGAAGCAAUUGAUUGUUAACAACGAGGAUAGAUUAAAGAUUGUGUACUCCGGUGUCAAGUUGUUCGUUUCCCAAAGAUCCGAUAUCGACUGUUCUUGGAGAAUCCAAUCUGAAUCUUUGCCAAUCAUGAAGCAACAUAUGCAUUCCGACAGAAUUGUCCCAGGUAACAUGGAAAUGUUGAAAAAAUUGUUGACCGAAGCCUUCCCUAGAUACGACGAUUUAAUCGCUGAAAAUGUGGAUCCUGAGUUUGUUUCAAAGACUCAAAAGUUGAGCGCUGGGUGUACUUUCAUCAAGGUCGAUAGAAAUGAUCCAUCCAAGGAAGAUCUAUUCUUGCCAAUUUGGAAUGGUUCCAAGUGUAUCAACCUAAUGGUAUGUAAAGAAGAUGCCCACGAAUUGCUCUACAGAAUCUUUGGUAUCGAAACUACUAGCAAGCAAAAUCCAAAGGCCGAACACAUGGCUAAAAAGGCACAAGAGGAAUCUGCUAACACUGAAGGUGAAUCUGAAAAAGAGCCAACCGUUGGAACUGAAGCCGAAACUGAAGCAGAAGCUGACGUUAAGACUGAGUAA